UCAUGGACAAGAUGGUGCCCCCUGUUCAGGUCUCUCAGCUCAUCAAGUUCGGCCGAUACUCCGCCCUGAUCCUUGGCAUGGCCUAUGGCGCCAAGCACUACAGUUACCUGAAACCUCGGGCAGAGGAGGAAAGGAGAAUAGCAGCAGAGGACUUUGGAGACUUGGAUGGUGAGAAGGUGGAUUCCUAUAAGAAAUGUGCUUGUGCUGAAUUCAAUUAUCCUACUGUGCUGGGUGGAGCCAGCAGUCGUCACCGAGGAUGCUUUUCUCCUUAG